AUGAACAAGAUUAGCGCAAAAGUGGCCGAAACAACGACUCCAUGGAGAAUACGUCCAAUCUCGAGCUCGACACAUCCUGCACACUGCGAUGUCGGAUGGGCUUAUUAUGAUGAGACAGAUUCCUGUUAUAAGAAUUUCUUUGGGUUGAAUUUUGACGAUGCCGAAAGAUUAUGUAGAACCGUUGGUGGACAUCUAACUUCAAUCCACACCUCAACAGAAAACUCUUUUGUUGGCGAACUGGCAAAAUCGGGUAUAGCACCUGAAAAAUGUUGUGAACUUGCAACUUGGAUAGGUCUGACACGGCCUGAUAUUCCAAACAGUAACUGGACCUGGACUGAUGGCACGGAGGUGGACUUUCUGGCUUGGGCACCAAAACAACCGGAUGAUUUUAGAGGAGUAGAACGCUGCACCGUGCUCAACUCUGAUGCUCAUGCAAACCUGACCAUGGCUCUAUUCUUUCGAAAAUGGGAGGACGCUGAGUGCAGUCUCACCAAGUUAGCUUUUUUCUGGAAGAACUUUGACGAAGCCGAAGGAGUAUGUAGAACUCUAGGUGGACAUCUGACUUCAAUCCAUAGUUUUCUAGAAAAUGAUUUCGUAGCCGAGCUAGCGAAAUCGGGUAAACCAUAUACUAGUUGUUGUUUUAAUACAACUUGGAUAGAUUUGAGACGAGAUCCAGUAAACAAUAACUGGACUUGGACUGACGGCACAGAAGUCGACAUUCUGGCAUGGGCGCCGACUGAACCGAAUAACGGGCUAGGGAUACAACGCUGCGUGUCGGUAUCACCUUUGAAUAGACAAAGACUUUAG